AGAGCUGCAAGUUGCCAUAGAACUCACUGACAGUCACAAUGAAGUUUGUGAUCUUGGCUUUGUUCGUUGCUGGUGCCUACAGCUGUGGCGUGCCCACCAACCCACCUGUCCUCUCCAAGGUGGUCGGUGGAGUUGAUGUCCGUAGGAACAGCUGGCCCUGGCAGGCGUCUCUGCAGUACAAGAGUGGUAGCUAUUUCUACCACACUUGUGGCGGCACUCUGAUCUCCGACCAAUGGGUCCUCACUGCUGCUCACUGCAUCGGAAGCCGCACCUACAGAGUCUACCUGGGAAAACACGACCUGAGCUCCAACGAGGCUGACUCCAUUGCCAUCAGCCCCGAAAGGAUAAUUGUCCAUCCCAACUGGGACUCUUACAACAUCCGUAACGACAUUGCCCUGAUCAAGCUGGCAACUCCAGUCAAAGUCUCAGCCAGCAUCACCCCCGCCUGUCUUCCCAGCUCUGGGGAGAUCCUGCCCGACAACGCUCCCUGCUACGUCACUGGCUGGGGACGUCUCUGGACUGGAGGCCCCAUUGCUGACAUCCUGCAGCAGGCCCUCCUCCCUGUGGUCGGCCACUCCACCUGCUCCAGGUCUGACUGGUGGGGUUCUCUGGUCACCAGCAGCAUGGUUUGUGCAGGAGGUGACGGUGAGGUGGCUAGCUGCAACGGAGACUCCGGUGGUCCCCUGAACUGCAGGAACUCUGAUGGCUCUUGGGAUGUCCAUGGCGUGGUAAGCUUUGGCUCAAGUAUGGGCUGCAACUACCCCAAGAAGCCCUCUGUCUUCACCAGAGUCAGUGCCUACAUCAGCUGGAUCAACAAUGUUAUGGCCAGUUACUAAAUGACUGGGUCCUUGCUGCACAUAUAUGAUUGUGUUGCUUGCCAAAUUAAUAAAGAGUAAAAUAACACUG